AAUACUGUGUAUUGAUUCCAAGGGAGAAGAACAGUAAGGGCUAGGCAACAGGGAUUAAGUGACUUGCCCAGGGUCACACAACUAGGAAGUAUCUGAGGCCAAGUUUCAACCCAGGAUCUCCCACAUCUAGGCCUGGCUCUCAAUCCACUGAGCCACCUAGGAAUAUAAAUUCUUGAAAAGGCAAUGUAAUAGUUAUUUUGAUUCUAAAAUUUACUUCUGUUUAUUUUAACUUAUUGGUAUUCAUAUUGGGUUUAGAUUAUGGCAUUCUUAUAAAUCUGCUUAAACUUUGAAACAAAAGGUACUCCUGAAAAAUGAUGGGGAAACAUGUUGGAGAUGAUGCAAGCAAGGAGAAAUGACUCCAGGAAACAUUAGUAUCAGACAAAAAUUCCUCAGGGUACAACUGUUUGAGAUACUGAUUUGGUUAUGCAUCUAAUGGGAUUUUUAUAAUUAUGACUAUUGUGUUUUACUGUUUGUAGAAUUAUACUUGGAAUGCUAUUAAUAAUUAAGGUUUUCAUCAUUACAGACUUAGAAAAAGAUCAAGUGGAAAUCACUCAGUACAUGAUUCUCCCCAUAGAAUUUCAAGGAUAUCAAAUCUCCUUUUUGUUUUCUAUUGAAUUUUUUUAAUACAACCACCUCACUCUUCAAUUCCUUCCCCUUCGUCUUGGUGUAAGCACAGGGCUGGGCAUGCAUGAUGAUGUUUGGGAUUAUGAAGCUGGCCAACAUAGAGCCUUGAAGGGUUCACAGUAAAGGACACAUUAGCAGGCAACAAGUUUCAGGGAGUGAGCUAAUUCUUAGAUAACCUAGCUGAGGAAUACCUUGUGCUAAGAAAAAGCUGGAGAACAGAAUUAGAGACCUCAGCCAGAGACAGAGUGGCCAGCAAGGAAGGCAUGUGGUGCACUGAUUCAUGAGUUACCCUCACAUAGUCAUGCCCCCUUAAAGAAGUCUCAAAGAGGAAAGCAAAUCAAGAAUGCUUUGCUUAUGUCCAUGUUAGGGACAUUUGAUUAAUCCAAGUGUAAUAACUUUUGGGGAAGUUCAAGUCCAAAUACCUGAAUAGACUCCCCAAGAACUUCUGGGGUUGGUGCUCACCUGUAGACCGGUAAAGGGUUGUUUUGGUUUGAGAGCAACUCUGACAGUUGCUUUUUAAUAUUUUAAAUUUUAACCUUUUUAGGUUUUUUUUUAGCAAUGAGUAAGCCUCAGUUUCCUCAUUUAUAAAACAGAUUUAAUAAUAGCCUUCAUCUCUUAGGGUUGUUGUGAAGAUCAAAGGAGAUAUUUGUAAAAGUGCUCAUAUACUGCCUGGUGCUCAGAAUGAUGACUCUUAACUCUAGCUCUAGCACUCUAUCCAUAGCACUAGAAAUGCCCAAUUAAAUACCAAAUUGCAAAUCUUGAAAAAUCAAAAGAGAGAUUAAUAAAACUGAAAAGAAAACCAUUGAGUUAAAUAAAACUAGGAGCUGAUUUUAUGGAGGAAAAAACCCACAAUAAAAUAGUCGGGUCAUUGGUUAAUUUAAUUUUUAAAAUAAAAGGGAACCCAAAUUAGUAGUAUCAAAAAAUGAAAAGGGUAAAUUCAUCAUUAAAGAAGAGGAAAUUAAAGCAAUUAAUGGGAGUUAUUUGCCCAGUUAUAUGCCAAUAAAUCUGAUAAUCUAAGUGAAAUACAUAUUUAUAAAAAUGCAAUUUGCCCAGAUUUACUGAAGAGGAAAUGAAAUACUCAAAUAAUCCUAUUUUAGGAAAAAGAAUUCAAAAAAGCAUAAAUGAGCUUCCUUAGAAAAAAUCUCCAGACCUUGACGAAUGAAUCCUACCAAACAUUCAAAGAACAAUUCAUUCCAAUACUAUAUUAUACAAACUAUUUGGGGGAACAAAGGAGUUCUACUAAGUUCUUUUUCCAACACAAGUAUGGUGCUAUACCUAAACCAGGAAGCACCAAAACAGAGAAAGAAAACUGUAGACCAUUUCCCUACUUAACAUCCGAUGCAAACAUUUUAAAUAAAAAUACUCGCAAGAGAUUACAGUAAUAUAUAACAAAUAUCGUAUAGCAUGACCAAAUGGGAUUUAUACCAGGAAUGCAGGGCUGAUUCCAUAGUAGAAAAACUCUCAAGAUAAUUGACUAUAUCAGUAAUAAAACUAACAAAAAUCAUGAUUAUCUCAAAAGAUGCAGAAAAAGCUUUUGCCAAAAGGCACUUAUUCCUAUUAAAAACCAUGCAAUGCACGAGAAAAAAUGGUGGCCCAGAGGCUCCUGGUCAAGCUGUGUGUGAGGGUUGGGGUGAGGGGAGUAGCACCCCCGCUUUAGCAGGUGGGUCUCGGGAAGCUCAGGAGCUGCAAGGCGGGGCAGGUUUAAAGGAAUGGUUUGGGAGAACGGAAACUGGUCCGCUAGCUUCGCCCUAGUUUACUCUCGCCUCAGCUAGGGUUCCAGCAGAGCCCAGGGAGCCUACGUCGGCCGCGGUGGAUGCUGGGAAGGCUCUCGGCACCGCCCCGCCCCCAGGGGCCGCAGCACCGACUAGGCAGGAGCCUCAUCCAGGUCCUUCCGGCCCUUGCCCCCGGGCGCUGCUCCCUCCUCCAUUCUUUGCAUUCUCUCCUUCACUUGAGGACCUGAGGACUUCCUCCAGGAAGCUUCCCCUGCUGUGGAGAAGGGAAAAGAUCCGGGCUAGGGAACCAGGAGAGAACUACAGGAAUAGGCGCUCCCUAGAGCCGAAGCCACACCUCACCUAUCCCUGCCCUUUCGGUGCCUUUACCCCACACAUGCGCAGAAGUCUCCUCGGGUCUCGAGACUACGAUUCCCACAAGGUCCUGCGGACAAGGUCAUUACCGCUUCCUUCUUCGAGUUCCAUGAUGGAGGAAUGUCUUUGGGGAAAACUUCCGUUUCCGCUCCCUCUUUGUUCCUGGAUCCAACUGAUUGUUUGCUCCUCCCGCAAUGCCUUCUGACAACUCUGCUCUUCCACGAGAGGGGAGCAUGGAGGAGGAGGGAAUGGCUGCUGUAUUUCUGACAAGCUGGCUCCACCAGGUUAGAAGAGCCCAAGAGACCAGAGCGCUGCACUUAAAGGAGUCAGUGACAUUCAAGGAUGUGACUGUGGAUUUCACCCAAGAGGAGUGGAAGCACUUGGACCCUUCUCAGAAGGAACUCUAUAGGGAUGUGAUGCUGGAGAACUACAGGAAUCUUGUUUUUCUAGGGUAUCCUGUUUCCAAACCAGAUGUGAUCUCCCAGUUGGAACAAAGGAAAACACCAUGGAUGCUGGAGAGAGAAGACUCCAGAAAUCCCUGUAUGGAUUGGGAAACUAAACUUGAAGCAAAGAAAUCAGUUCUACAGUUGGACAUUGAUAUGAAUAAAUCAUCCCUGGAAAAAUACCCAAGAAAUAGUUAUCAGAAUUCCACACUGAAAGAAGACUGGAAUUUUGAUGUUAAGAAACUUUCUCAAUUUGAAUUUGGAGAGUCAUCCCACUAUAAUUCAAACCUUCUUCAAAAUCAUAUAACAAAUAUUGUAGAGAGAACUUAUGGAUAUGAUGAAUUUAGGAAAGCCUUCAUCUACAGGCAACAUCUUACUGAGUAUCAGGGAAUUCAUACAGCUGGGAAACUUCAUCAAUGUAAAGAAUGUGGGAAAUCUUUUAGCUGCAGUUCAUCUCUUAACUAUCAUCACAAAAUUCAUACUGGAGAAAAACCUUAUGAAUGUGAAGAAUGUGGAAAGGCCUUUAUUCUCCGAGCACAACUUACAUCACACAAGAGAAUUCAUUCAGGAGAGAAACCAUAUAAAUGUACUGAAUGUGGAAAGACGUUUAGGUCCAACUCAUCUCUUACCUACCACCAGAAAAUCCAUACAGGAGAAAAACCUUAUAAAUGUAAUGAAUGUGGAAAGGCUUUCAGGUCAAAAACACAGCUCAGCUCCCAUCAGAGAAUUCAUACUGGAGAGAAACCUUAUGAGUGUAAUGAAUGUGGUAAAACCUUUGCCCAGAGUACACCACUUACUACCCACAGGAGAAUUCAUACUGGAGAGAAACCGUAUGAAUGUAACGAAUGUGGCAAAGCUUUUAGAUAUACCUCCUCCUUUAUUUACCACCAGAAAAUACAUACUGGAGAGAAAUAAUUUAAUUGAAUGUGGAGAGGCCUGUCUUUGGGUAGAAACAUGCCUUAAUUGCUAUCAGAAAGUUCAUCUUGGGAAGGAACCUUGUGAAUAUAAUCAGUGUUAGAAAGCCUUUGUCUGGAGAACAUGUAUGCUGGCAAAAUAUUCAUCCUAAGAAGAUUUCUGAAUGUGGAACAGCAUUCAUUUAAAGCUUACCCACUACUUGAUAGAAGAAAAUUCAUCCAACUGUUUAGCAACAAAUGCUUUCUAACAGGAUGUUUUUUAUGAUAACUCAGCAGCCACAACAAAGCCCAUGCACAAAACUGAUGUAUUUGAAGCCAAAUUUACAGGGCCAAAAUUUUUGGCUCUAGAUAACUGAUUUCUUAUCUUCAUAUCACUAUAUAGAAGGGGGGGGUAGCUAAGUGGCUCAGUGGAUAGAGAGCCAGAUCUAGAGACAGGAGGACUAGUGUUCAAAUCUGACCUCAGACACAUCCCAGCUGUGUGACCGUGGGCAAGUCUCUUAAUCACUAUUGCCUAGCCCUUACUGUGCUUCUUCCUUGAACCAGUACACCAAGGCAGAAGGUAAGGGUUUAAAAAAAAAGAUACAGCUUCACAGCUGUGUGACCCUGGGCAAGUCACUUGACCCCCAUUGCCUAGCCCUUACCACUCUUCUGCCUUGGAGCCAAUACACAGUAUUGACUCCAAGACUGAAGGUGAGGGUUUAAAAAAAAAAAAGAUACAGAAACAGAAGUAAGUGCUAGUAAUUGAGAUAUAGGUCCACAGAGAAAGCAAUAGCCCAAAGGGAGAUUUCUGAUGACUUUCUUAUAUAUGGAGGAAAUCUUGCUUCCUUACGUGGAUUUAUGGCAUCCAUUCCUGCAUUCCCUACUUCUAAAGUCUAUACUGGAUGGGACUCUGGGGCCAGGCUUAUACUUGUUUUCAGAGACCUGUCUACAUAAGAGAGUUUUUGAGGGCUGCCUCAGCCUUAAACAAAGUUAAUGAAGAACAAGACUUGGGGCAUAACGAAAGCAAAGACUGCAUAUCUGUGUGUCUGUCUAUAUAGAGACGUGUCUGUGUGUGUGUGUGUAUGUAUAUACAUAGAUAUGUAGAUACUGAUAUAAAAAUAAUAUAGAUAUAGAUCUGAAGAAUUUAGCAAAUAUACAAGGAUUUCCAUGAAGUGAAGGAAGAGAAAAGGAUAGUACAUUUACUAAAUAGUAUAAAUGAAGGCAGUUUCAGAAUAUGUAAUGAAUGGUUAUUUAAAAAACACACAUGAGUGUUUUCCUACCUGAAAUCUUACACCCAGGAAAGGAUAGGGGCAUACAAGGCUUUGAUUAAGUGAACUAGAAGAGAAAACAGAAUCAAUGCAUCCAAUAUUAAGGGUAACUCAGUUGCAGGGGAAAUCCUCGUGUAUCAUAUCUCUAAUGAAAGUCUGAUACCUAAAUAAGUAGAAAUUGAUACAAAUAUAUGACAGAUCCAUUCCUUCAAAGAUAAGUGGUCAAAGACUUUGGAAAAACUGUUCUGAGAAGAACUACAAGCUACUAUAAAGCAUAUGAAAAAUUGUUCCAUAAACUAAUAAUAAGAACUACAAGUCAAAAACAAACCUGCAGUUUCACCUAAACUCAGCAAAUGGGCAAAGAUGACAAAAGAUGGAAAUAGUCAAUUGUUGGGGGACCAGAAAGACAUGCAUGAUAAUGGAAGUUAUGAUUCCACCAACCAAACUCUGAAAAGCCUUUGAAUUAUGUGAAAAAGUGACUUAAAUGUUCAUACCCUUUUACUAAGAGAUGUUACUUUUAGACUUAUGCUAAGAAAGUUAAGGAUGAAAAGAAUCAAUAUAUGCCAUAUUAAGAGCACCACUCUGGGUAGCAAAAAAAGUACAUGCCCAUUGACUGAGGUUGGCUAAGUGAUUGUGGUACCAAAAUGUAAUUAUUGCCUUGUAAAAAUGAUUAUUAUAUAUAAAUACAAAGAAACAUGGGGAUAUUUGUCUGAACAAAUGAAGAAUGUUGUUAGUAGAACCAAGGAAAAGAUACAACUAUAACCAUAUAAAUAAGCAAAACAAUUGAGUACUUUGUAUAAUUAUAAUAACCAGCCUUUGCCCUUGAGGAAGAGCUCGUGAGGAAAUAAAUAUUCCUCCUUUCAUUUAAACAGAUAAUGAGUUUGUAAUGUUGAAUAUGCUAUUAGAUGUAGUCAGUGUGUUUUGUGGUUUUGUUUAAUUUUCUUUUAGAAGGGUAGAGGGGGACAAAGCAUUGUCAAGAACUGCUAAUAUUAAAAACAAUGGGCACCAAUAUAACUUUUUUGAAAUGUAAUUCACUGAUACCAGUAUUGUAAGGAAUUAAAUUAAGGGUUUGACUAAAUAUGUGAGAAUUCUAAAAUAAUAUGGUGGUCACCGAUUUAAAAUAUUAUAGCUCAAAUCAAAAUGACUUUUAAUAGCUUUUAUUUACAAAGAGGUGGAAAGAGUAAAAGAGAAAUGCAAAAAGAAGGUAGAAAAUGUCUAGCCUCCAAGAAGGGAAGGCCUCUCCAGAACUAAUCUCUCUUCAGAAGCCAGCUACUCACCCAAGAGCCAAGGUCCCAAGUCACCUCCAGGAGGCAGGUCACCAACCUAAGCUCCAGUACAAGAUCCUCAAAGCUGAAGAUUAAAGCCUAAGACAACUUCAGCCAAAGACAUUUGGGACUUUUUAUAGUCCCUUCCUUUCCCUUCCCCUCUUCACAGGAGUCAAUCACAGCUUCCAAAUUGCCUAGCACUGACUAGGGGGGCAGUGUCUGUGGUAUCUACACCUCAUUCUUUGAAGGUGUCAACUCUUAUCAAAGGAUUCACAAGUUUCCAAUUGAUUGGGUUAAAAGGGUAGAACUCUCCAGUAAGUGACUUGUGAAUUCUCUUACUUGAUAAUAAAGUGUUAAGUAGGGAUUAAGUAAAUGUUAAGGAGUUUCUUAGAUUGAUUGAAAAUAAAGAGAAUAAAGAAUUCCCUUUCACAAUC